GAUCAUCCUUAUUAUUACAGCUACCCUCGCGCAUACUUUGAAUGCAUGCAUGCAAGUAAAACGAAAGCGGACGUAAAACAUCAACGCCGCAUUUUGGCCAAGCUGUAGCGCAAGCAGUCAGCCACCACUGAGGGGUGUUUGAGCUGCAACAUGCUGCCGCCUGCCAAGCCAAUGAAGGAAUCCCAAAAUUGCGUCAGUCCAAACCCAGAGGGCCAGCAAAUGCCAGCCCACAAAAGGUGGAAUGAAAGAAAUCUAAGAGCAUCCAUAGAUAAUGUACACUCAUACCCAGAGCCACCCGCCCCAGCAAGCACACUCUGCAACUGUGGUGCGGUGCCCUAAUACCUAUCAGCAAAUCUACAUAUGAUCACCCGGUCAAACAAGAUUGCCUACAUAAACCAAAAAGAAGAAGAGAACACCCUCCCCCCGGAUGAACUGUCUUGUUCUGUUUCAUCACUGACAUGCAGGCUAUAUCUGGGAGAGGCUCCAUGCAGCAGCAGAGAACCUCCCAAAGAGAGAAUACCAAGGUUGCGAAAAUAGCAUAUGCCACAGCAAUCUCUAAUCUCAAUGCUCCCUGCCAGUCACUUCUUGCAGG